AUGCUGAGCGCGAUCGUCGUCCUCUUCUUCGUCGUCAUCCUCAUGAUCUGCCUCCACCUCUACGCCCGCUGGUACCUCCUCCGCGCGCGCCGGCGCCAGAUGCGCCGCCGCAGCCGCCGCCAGAACCUCGUCUUCUACGUCGACCAGGCGGCGGCCUCCAACCCGGCGCAGUCUCGCGGGCUGGACGCCGCCGUCCUGAAAUCGCUCCCGGUGUUCGUCUACUCCUCCGCCGCCGACACGGCGGCGCCGGAGUUGAUGGAGUGCGCCGUCUGCUUGUCGGAAUUCGAGGAGAAGGAGGCCGGCCGGACGCUGCCGAAAUGUGGGCAUAGUUUUCACACGGAGUGUAUUGAUAUGUGGUUCCAUUCCCACUCGACCUGCCCGCUCUGCCGCUCGCCGGUGGAGCCGGUCCCGGCGGUGGAGAUGGUCGAGCUGUGCGAUUCGACGCGGGAUCUUGAAAUUGGGCCUUCCGCGUCGGUUGGUGGACGGAAAUUUAGGGGAGAUCUGGGGAUCGAGGUUCCCUUGAGGAAUUUUGGGGAAGAGUCUUCUUCGGCGGCUGCGGGGGCGGUGCCGGAGUCGCCGGCGAGUCAGGGGUUCCGGUCGCCGAUGAGCCGGAUGCUGUCGUUUACACGGAUUCUGAGCAGGGACUGGCGAGCGAACAACGGCUACGUUCUUUCCCCACAUACGCCGAUCCCGACGAGCUGCGGUGGGUCGAUGGCAGCGGCGGCGGCGAGUGAGGAUACUGUCGACUGUGACUUGGAGCGAGGACCCGAGUCGUCGGCGGAGGAGACUCGGCCGGGUUCGUCUAGAGUGAGUUAA